ACGCUGAUAUCUUGUCCUUGUCGUAUCGAUGUUGAAAAGCAAAAAAAAAAUCGCAUAUAGUAGAGUUGUUGAUAAAGUAUACAGCUGCACCUCCAAGAACAGCUAGGACUAAAAAGAAAGGCUUCAACACUACCGUGCCUGUUUUAUCAGAAAAAUAAUAUGCACUCGCAUAUCAAGAUCUGCCCAGCUUCAGAAUCUGCUAUUUCUUCAUCAGUACCGAAGAAGCUUGCGCCAUAUUGCUAUUUCUUCAUCAAGUACGCAAGAGAGGUCCUUAUCACGUUUUGAAAGUCCUCCCAACUUGUCGAACAAGCAAGAUUAUUCUGAUUUUUUACGUGAAUAUCCGCCCCGUCUCCACAAUCCCAAAAUUCUCCAGGACCUCUGGUAUUUCAGCCCACAAAAUUUUGUAAAAGCAAGCCUAGUUCAUCAAAUUCAGAUUUAUCACAAGGAAAAGGAGUAUAAACAUAAUAUCGCAAAGCGCAUCAAGUUGAAUUAAAGUUUUAAGACAUUGCAAGUCAGACACAAGAAGAAGAACAGUGGCGCUUCGCCUUUCUUUCAAUUUAACAAGGAAAUUCUAGUAUCGCAACCUCCUUUUCGACGAAAAUGGUCCGCGAGAAGGGCGAGGGUGGCAAGCAGAAGACCGGCGAGCGCAAGCGCAGACGCGACCAGGGCCGGCAAGAGUUUGAGGUCGUGCACGAUAUCCGAAAUCUUAGUCUGGACGAGGAAGAGCAGAAGCGGCUUGUUGGACGAGGUGGGGAGGGUGAAGAUAGCGAGAGCGAGUCUGAAGAUGUUUCCGUCUCCUCACCCAGAAAACAGGCCGUGUCAUCAAAGCAUGUUUUAGGUAUUGAAUGAAUAAACAUAAGUAGGUAGUCGUGUUUUCAUUUUCUCUUGCAAAAAUUGCGGCUCGUGGUCGAUGUGUGCGGUUGUUAAUUAAUUGGUGCAAAUCCAAAUUGAGAACAAAUUUCAUGCGGCGUUUCAUGUGCAGCUGCACAUGCAGAUGCAGUUGUAGCACCAUAAGAUGUCGCUCUAAUCAUGACUCGCGAAUGGUGGUCCUGGUCGUGCGCCACAGCUACAAAUAUGAUGUUCGUUGAUGCAGCCAUAGUUUUUGUUUUUUACUACAUCUGGUUAUAAGUAUUUCUGAACCGUUUAUGUUGGAAUUGAAUGACCAUUUUGAACAGGAGAUGACGACGACGACAAUUCAGCUGGAAAACUGCAACACGGUGCACAAAACGACUUCAGUGAAGAGGAGGAAGAAGAAAACGAGCAGUCGCAGGCACACCAGCAACGGUCCCCCUCAAAGAAGGAAAAAACCGAUGAGGAAGAAGACAAGGAGAGGGAAAAAGCCGAACGCGAAAGGCUAGCGGAAAUCCGCAAGAAACGAGAGGAGGAUAAGGUAGAAACCGCACUGCGUUGUACUGUGCGAUUUUGCAGCAUCAUAAGAAAUUGCUAGUAUUUAUUGUUCUUACCCGUGAUAAUUAUAAUACAACAUGAAGACGAGCAUAAAACGAUACUAAAAAUAAAAAAAAUCCAAUUGGUGCCCAGGCCCGUCGCCUCGAAAAGGAGGCCGCGGACAAGGUCCAGGCCGAGAAAGACGCCGAGGAGAAAAAGAAGAAGAAGGAAGAAGAGAAAAAGGAGGCAGAGAACAGCCCCGAAUUGCUCGCUUUGAGGACGGCGUUUGCGAAAUUACUGCCCGAAGUCGGGACAAGUAAGUCGUUGAACCAGCUGAAUCAGGAAAAGGACUGCAAGAACCUGCUCAAGCCGCUGCUGAAAAAGGCGACAAUCAAACAGCUUAACAAGGCGAGUUUGCAGCAAAUCACUGCGGGCGCGAAGAAGGACUGGGAAAUCUCCACCGGGGAUGAUAACGUGGUGCAUCUGAAACGCUUGCGGUGAGUAGAUUUUUUCCAGACGAAGUUUGCUAUGAAUUAGGUUUGGCUUGUUCUUUUUCAGGAAACUCUAAAAAGUGCGCAUUGUUUUCGCUUCAGAAAAAUUCAUCCCAAUCUAGUGCCUAAUCAUGGGUGCGGUAGCGCUUGGUUUCCUGUAAAUGCUACGAGUUACAUUAUUUCUCAACCAGCGACAAAAGUCAGGACCACCUGGUCCCGAUGACUCUGAUGCAAUCCCCCGCUACUUCUUAGGGCCGCUGCCUGAAGCUUGAUGCAGUUUUAAGUGGCCACAAACCCUAGUAGAGGGAGAAAUUUAUCCGGAUGUCAUCCAGAAACAGAACCACAAUCACACAGCAGUUCUUGUUUUUACGACUUUCAAUCAACGUCCCGCCGACACGCCUUGUCCAUUAAGGUAGUCGGUCGGUCCUUGCAUUCCUUCAAGAAGCUGGUUGUACGCACGACGCUGCUAGUACUCCGGACGUUGCACUAGCAAAAGCUAGUGCAUCAACGGCUAAAAUAAAUGGGCGAGCGACGAGUAGUACCAGAAAACUGGGUGUUCGUCAUCUUUUCGAGAGUGCGAAUAAAUAUCUUUCGUGCCACCUGUCGGAUGUUCUUGCGCUUCAAUAAAACUUCAACUUGACGUGGCGGAUCUUGCAUUAGCACUAGCCUGGUGGUCGUGCAAGAACUGCAAACAGUGCUUUGAUUUUUUCGACGGCGAUGAACUGUACAAGGAACGCAGGAUCAACGGGAUCGCAGUUUGUUUCGCUCUGCAGGUG